AUGUCCCCAGCCGUCGAUGACAAGAAUAAUAGAAGACCACGUCGAGCGGGACCGGAGAGAAAGCCACGACAAGCGUAUAGUGCUAAACAACUUGAGCGUCUGGAGGCAGAGUUCAAGAUUGACAAAUAUCUCAGCGUAUCAAAGAGAAUGGAGCUGUCCAAAGCUUUAGGACUUACUGAGGUACAAAUAAAGACGUGGUUUCAAAACAGACGAACCAAAUGGAAGAAGCAGUUGACAUCUCGGUUGAAAAUAGCUCAGCGACAAGGAUUGUUCCCGGGACAAAUCUUUGGGCACGCUCCACCAGCAUACUCUCUACUAAAUCCAUAUGCUUAUACACCGCUUAGCUGUGUUUUUACACCGGUAACUUUGCCUUCUUCGCCACCGUAG